UGUGCGCGUGUGUGUAAUACACUCCGUUCUCCGUGCGUUCGGUGUACGGUCGCUGGUGGGUGCGUGUGCGUGAGAUUUCGCGUGUUUGUGCGUGCGGGUGCGUGACGUUUGAACGUGUGUGCGUAAGUGCGUGUCGUGUGUGUACCUACGUUAUCUUUAGUGUGCGCGGCUCCUGUACCCCAGCGAUCGCCGCAGCCGUGCGAGUCAUCCGUGGGACCCGAAAAUUCGGUAGUCGCGAUUUAGCAGGAGAUAAAAAAAAAUUUAAAAAACAGAAAACUUUUUCGAGGUGAGUUUUUUUUACGUCGCCCGUCGGUACAGGUACAGCGCAGCGGUGUGGCGGAAGCCGCGAAGGCCGAGUCGGCGACUGUGUUUUAUUAUUUUUCUGACACAGUUAUAUUAUACUUGCUCGGUAUACCCGCCUAAUAAUAUAAUAUAUAAUACCAUUAUAUAUAUAUAUAUUUGUAUAUAUAUAUACACACACAUAGUAUUAUAUAUUAUAUACAGUCAAGGACACGGGCGCCCGCCACAUUGUCCGUUCGUGCGCGCGUGUACGUGUGUGUGUGCGUGUGCUCGUGAACCUAAUAAUGAUCGCAUCAGUCGAUUUGUAGAAGAUUUACACGUCUGGUCCGUGUGUUUGUGUGCGUGUGUGUGUGUGUGUGUGUGUGUGCGGCCGCUGUUGUUUCAGGAACGAUGAGUACCAGCAGCGAAAACGGCGCCAAAUUGACCGUGCCCGACGAGCUGCGGGAGAUGCUGCUCGACUUUACCAUCGGUUACUUGCUCGAACAGCCCAGCGAUCUCAUCGACUACGCUAUCGAGUUCUUCGAUAAGCUAAAGAAAUCCAAGUCGUCGUCGUCGUCUUCUGGCGUUGUUAAGCAGCAACAGCAACAGCAGCAGCAGCAACAGCAGCAGGGUGCCGGCGAUUUCAGCGACGAAGACGAUGCAUCAGAUAUCGGUGCGUAUAAUGUUGCCCCCCCCCUCCCCUCGAAUUUUUCGUGUUUGUUCGGUAGGUGGGUAUUUUCCAGCUGCCUUAACUAGUCGGUCUAACUAACUCGUCCUAGGGAUCAUAUUUCGUGAACGUAGAAAGUCCCACUAGCCCUAGGUGCUUGGGUAUUUUUCAUUAGUUUGAUAACACAAAAGAAGAAAUUCACACAUUUAUUAUUUAAUGUAAAUUUCAAAACGAUUUGGGUAUAAUUGGUUGUUAUCAUUACUUCAUUAGUGUUAUUGGGCAUAAAAUUAAAUGACAUUACUAAUGUGAAAACAAAUAAUAUUGUUGUCUACUUAUAAUUUAUAGGUAGUUUGAAAAUUCUAUAAUCUACAACUAUUUUUUUUACUACACUUGUUAUCAAUAUUAAACAAAUAAUACCUAAUGUCGAUGGUUUACUUAACACUAUUUUCAUUCAAACAAUAGCUAGAUUUUUAAUGUUUUACAAAUGAAAGUUCUUGCCUGAAAUAGAAAUGUAUUUAAAAUCCAUUUACACCUUAACAACCUGUAAUAAAUUGAUAGCAGAAUUUGUAUAGAAUUAUUGUUAUUAUUUUUAUUUACCUAUUCAUUAACUGAAUGAAUUAACAUUAAUUACAUUCUGUGUAUUUCAUAUCAUGUUGUUAUUAUGACUAAUAUGGAUUAUAGUUUGUUAUUUUAAUUGCAAAUCAAAGCAUUGCUCUGGAAACAUUAAACUCAAUGUUCAAUAUUUUAAGGUAGGCAUCGAUAGUACUGUUUAUUUGUUUUACAUUAAAUAUACAAUGUAUUUAUGUUUAUUGAUUUACCUAUUGAAACUAGUAUUAAUUUGUAGAGUAUUAGUAGGUACUGAUUAGUAAGUAGUAAUAAAAUUUAGGUAUCAAUAAAAUAAUAUUUUUUUUUUCAUAUAUGCAUUAAGUAGACAUACUUUCAUAUAGUGUGAAAUGUUAUUUUCCUAUUUUAUUUCUUUUGAGGGCGCCAUUCAGUUUUAAGUUGUCAUCAUGAGUUGUAUGAGGAUAUUUAGAUUGAGCAAGAAAGGUUGUUAUAAUUUAAUAAAUGCACAAAAUGAUCAGUAUAUAUUUGAAAUUGUUGACAAUUGUGUGGAAACUGCUAAAUGUUUUAACAUGUCAUCUUUUAGACUCAGAUCCACGUCUAAUGAUUCUUUUUUAGUACCUUGGUUAUUAAACAUAGGUAAUUAAUUAUUUGACAUAUGAAUAUAAAUUUGAAUCUUUAAAUUAAAUGUUUAUGCUUAAUAGUAAUUUAACAAUUCAAUUUUUUUGUUUUAGAAGCUCCACCAACACGUUAUUGUUCUAGACGCAAGUCCGUUUUUGCAGAAACUUAUAAUCCUGAAGAAGAUGAAGAAGAGGAGGGACCAAAUGUAUUUAAUUACAAUUUGAUAAUUUUAUAAUUUAGAGUUUAAUAUCUUUAAUGUGUAUCUAUUCUUUUAGGUUGUAUUUCCGAAAUCUGAUGAUCAACGCCAAGCACUUGCAGCUAGCGUUAAAAAUAUAUUCAUAUUCAGAGCAUUGGAUCCAGUAAGUUAUAAAAUGUAUUUGUAUAGGUAAUCAUAUUAUUAUGUAUUAUUAUGCAAUGCAGUACUAAAAUAUAUAUCCAUUUUUUUAUUAAUUUAACCAUUAAUGAUGCAUGUUUCAUUAUUAAUGACAAUUAAUACAGACAAGUAAAAUUAUGAUAAAAUAUGAAUGAUUAUUUGUUAAAAUAUAUACAUUUUUUUCAAUCAAUAAGUACAAUAUAAAGUAAAAUGUACAAUAGUUUAUUCUUUGACAUUAGGUAUUUCAGGUAUUUGGCUAAAAACAUAAAACACAAAAAAAAAAAAAGAUCUACUUUAAAAAUUUAAACAAACGAGGAUUUAUGAAAAUUGUAAAGUCUAAAAUUAAAGGGAUGUUUUUUUGUAUUUUAACACUCUGGGUAUACAAUCUCUUGAUUUUUAGUGUCGGAACGUGUGAAGUAAAUUUGGCAUAGUAUUACUAUUGUAUUAAUAUUAUUGUAUAAAAUAACAAUUAAAUAUAAUAGAAGAAUCUAAAAUAAAAUAAAUAGCGUGACGGUCACUACUCUAAAGAAGGUCAUUGUUGUAGGUGCAAAGUUAAGAAGGAUAAUUUAGUUUAUAAUAUAUUGUAUGUAAAUGAAACAUGAUUUUUUGUAGAGUUCAAUUAAAUAUAUAUAUUUUUGCAUACAUUUUAAUUGAAAACAUUACCGUACAAACAAUAAGAAAUAUUACAUAAAAUAUUUAAGCAAUUAUACAAUGCUAACAAUUUUUAUUCAUACAUAAAAAUAAAAAAUGAAAAACUUCAAAUAAUUAUGAUUAACAUAACCAUAAUAAAACCGUAAAAUUUGCUUAGGACACUUUCAAGGAAUCAGCUCAAAACAGUGACUUAUACAAGAAUUGAAGAAUUCAUUUAAAUAUAAAGUUUUUUUUUUAAACUUUUACUAUUAAACAUAAUUAAACAGUUAAAACAUUUAUACAUUAACAUGAAUUAAACAGAUUAAUUCUAUCAAUUACCUUUGUUUGAAAAAAGUUUAUUUUUGCUUGCUUCAAAUUCUGAAUGUGUUGUAGCAAGAAAGUUUACAAUGCUGCACACCCUUUAUCAUAUUUAUUUAAAAUAUUCAGUUUGUUUGAAAUUGCUAGCGCUUUAUAUUUUAUUCCACUAGAACUAGUUAAAACAAUUAUAGAUACAAAUUUGCCAACAAACUGCACUACACUAAUCUACAACCACUUGUUAUUUCAUAAUACAAUAAAAAUAAUAUGAUAAGUACAUGUAAAUGACUUACACUAAUACUACCCAAAUACUAUACAUGUUUAAUGUUAACUACUGAACAAAAUAUCGUCUUAUCUGAUUAUAUUUAGAAAAACCAAGCAGAUUAUCAGGUGGUUUUUGCAUAAAUCAGUGUAGGGAAUGUUUAGGGACCUGCGGAAAACAGCGUCUCUGCAGGUAAAGUGUCUUAAGUGAGUUUUACUGUAUUUCAAAAAUUAUUCUUCAUCUAGAAAAUGCUUAUAAUAUGAUUAUUUAACAACUACGAUUAUUUUCACCAUAUUUACUAAACAAUAUGGAUUUUAACAGAAAUCAUUUUUCUGUAAAUAUUCUCAUUUUUUAUUUUUUUGGUUUUUUCCAUUUUAAAAAACUACCUUAAAUUGAGUUUCAUUUCUUAACUACCUAUAAUUCUUACUUGAGUGUAAUAUUAUUUAAACAUGAAGGUCUCUUAAAUAUGUUUAGGCUUUUUAUUUUAAUUUUAAUUUUAAUUAAUGUUAAAUAAUAUACUUAAUUUUCUUAUGUAAUAAUAUUGAUAAACAUAUUUGAUAUUUUAUAUUUAUAUUUUUUCAAGUAAAUUAAUAUAGUUUUUUGUUCGGUCGUGCAAUUUAAACACUUAUAUGACAUAUUUUUUUUUGAACAUAUUUCAUUAUGAGUAUAUUGUAAUGUAAUAUAAUCAAUAAAUUUACAUUUUUUUUUUUUUUUUGUUAUUCAGAUAUUAUAUUCCUUAGUUACUGCUCUUUUGUUUCUAUUUUCAAUUAACAAUUGUUUUCUGUUUACUUUCACCAAAUAGUAAAACAAUAAACAAUAAUUAUUUUAUGUGGUACUGUAACCUAAUCAUAAAAUAUUAUUUUAUUUUUAUUAAUUGGUAGCAACAGUAUCUCAUUUAAAUUGUAUAAACUAAUAAACGAGAUAGUAUACUCAAAGAAAUAAAAUUCUAAAAUUUUUCAUAAACUUAUAUACCCUAAUAUAUUCUUUUCUGAAUUCAUAAAUUUAAUAAUUAAUUAUUUGUAAUAUUUUUCAUUGGUGAGUAAAUAUCAAAGUUAUUUUUUGAAUUAUUUUUUUUUUUCAAAUACCUUAUAAAAUAUUCUGCUAUAAAACAUGAUGUAUUUUAUAUAUUCUAUUGAAAACCAAACUAAACUGUUUUUAAACUUCUUUUAAAGAAUUAUGUUACAAUGUUUUAGUAGAAAUUAAUUAAAUUGAAUAUAGUAUAAGUAGAAUCAAAUAUUCUAUGUUUAAUUUUAAAUUGCUUCUUGGUUAUAUUUAUUUUGUUUAAAUAAUAAUGUAAUUAUUUACUAUGAAAUUUUCUUAUGGAUUUUUUAUUAACAUAACAAUAAUUAUAUUAAUAGUAAAAAUCUAAUCAAAAGUGGCCUUUUUUUAAAUUCAAAUUAUUUAUAUGUAUUGAAUCUUAAAUUGUUUACCAUUAAUUUAUCAUCAUUCACUGGUAUUGAAUUUUUUUUUUCUUUUAAAAAUCAAAAAAAUCUGUUAUAUUACAAGUUACUUUUUAUUUAAUAGCUAUAGUCAUUUGUUUUGUUACAUUAGAUGAGUUAAUCUUGGAUAUUAAUGUAGUCAUGUUUUACUAAAGUGUUAUACCUUACCUAACUGUCUAUUUUCCACCAAAUUUAUCAGUUUUGUUUUUGGCUGUAUAAAGUUCACUGUUAAUUUUAUUGUUUUAAACUUUAUGAGUACUUGAACUAUUUUGUAACUGUUCAUUUGAUCUUACAAAUAAAGUUAUAAAGCAUUAAAAUAAUCUAUUUUUUUAUUUUUUUAAUUAUAAAUUUAAAAAAAAAACAAUGCUCAUAAAUAGCGGAAAUAUUGUACAUCAUCGUUACACGCCUUGUUCAAAUUGUUGUUUGUGGGUAGGCUAAUUAUGUAAGUGGGAAGUUCGGAAGGUAUGGUUUGCAUGGGCAUUUUAUGUAUGGUAAGACUCAACAAUAAAUCAUUAUUAAAAAACAAAAACCAAACAAAAUUUGGUUUAUCUUGCUUUGAUGAACUUAUAUUGAAAUUAAUAUUAAUUUGUAACUAAAAAAUAAAUAACAAUUGUUCAAAUUUUUUGUAUCUAAUUUUUGAGCAUUGUAGAGUUAAACAUCUUAUUGACAUAAAUAUUACUGUACAAUUAAUUAUUUAAUUUAAAUAUAUUAUUUAUAAAAAAAAAAAAACCAACUUGUUAUUAGAAUCAACAAAAGUACUUAGAUUACUAGAAAAAAAAACAAUUUUAACUGCAUACUCUUUUUCUAAUAUAUUAUGUAUAUUUUCUUUUAGGAACAAAUGAACAACGUUAUUGAUGCAAUGUUUGAUCGUCAAGUGCAUGCUGGAGAUGAUAUUAUAAAACAGGGUGAUGAUGGUGAUAACUUUUAUGUCAUUGACAGGUAAUAUUAAAUAUGACAUCUACUACUUUUCUUUAAAAUAUUUGCAAGAAACCUAACAAUUAAUUAAAUUUCAUGUCGUUUCAGAGGAACAUUUGAAGCUUAUGUGACUGAUGCUGAUGGUAAUAUCCAUUUGGUACAUACAUACGAAAAUAAAGGUAGUUUUGGAGAACUUGCAUUAUUGUACAAUAUGCCACGUGCAGCAACUAUUAAAGCAAAGUCAGACGGCCUUUUGUGGGCUAUGGAUCGUCAAAUAUUCAGACGUAUUGUUUUGAAAAGCGCAUUUAAGAAGCGCAAGAUGUAUGAAGAGCUAAUUGAAGUGGUUCCUAUGUUAAAAGCAUUACAAGUAAAUUAAAACAUAAAGAGUUGAAUACAAUUAUUUAUUAAUGUACCCACUUAUUAAAAUAAUAAUUAUUGUAUUAAAUUAUUUCAGUCAUAUGAACGCAUGAAUUUAGCUGAUGCUCUAGUCCCAAAAUACUAUCAACUUAACGAUUGCAUUAUAAAUCAAGGAGAUCCUGGGGACGGCAUGUAUUUUGUUGAGGAAGGCAUUGUUAAUGUUUUAGUUACCAGCGAAACUGGUGAACAAAUUAAGGUUUGUUUUAUUUUAAUUACAUUUUUGUAUUUGAUUGAUUGUUACAACCAUAAAUAUUAUUGUUAAAUAGGUUAAUCAAAUAGAGAAAGGUGGUUACUUUGGUGAACUUGCACUCGUCACUCAUAAAGGUCGUGCUGCUUCAGUAUUUGCUGAAGGCAAAGUCAAGUUAGCAUGUAUGUACAAUAUAUAAUAGAAUUUUAGUUCAAUGAAUUCAAAGUUUUCAUCUUAAUUUUGUAGAUUAAAUACCUAAAUAGUAGAUUGUAUUUUUAUCAUACAAAACAUGGCAUUAGUAUUAUAAAUUUAAAAUUAAUGUUGCAUUAUUUAUCUUUAAACAUAAUUAUUUGCUACAAGUAUUUACAAAUAAGUGUAUUGAAUUAUUAUUUUAAUGUGAUUUUCAAAACGAUUGGAUUAUAUUUGAGUUCUAUUAUCUAUUAAGAUGGUAAAUAUUUCCCAAAAUGUAAGAAAUACCUCACAUUUAGGUUAGGAGACAAAUACAAUAUUUCUUCUUACCACCCGAAUUACUAUUAUGUUAAUUACACAAUCAAAAUUAUUUGUCAUGUAUAUUAUUUUGUAUAAAUUCAACAAGGCUUACAAACACAAUUCUAAUGUUAUCUAAUAGCUAUAUAUAGUAGAACUUUAUUAAUCCGGACUAGUUAGGACUCUAGGUUGUCAGGGUUAAUGAAAGUCUGGAUUAAAUGAAAUAAUCAAAAACUGUAUUAUUUUAUUUAAAAAUUUACUGGCUUCAAUGACGUUCUACUGUAUAUAUAUUCAGAGCGUCCAAUUAAGUUAUGACCAUUGCAAUAUCUUCGAUAUUAACUUUUUUCCUGUUUUUUUUUUUUUUUUUUUAACAAUUUAUGGAACAAUUAGCUCUUAAAUGUUAAAUUACCAUUUUUUUUGUUUUUUUUUUUUGAGAUGAACUGACUGCUUAGUUUUAAUUCUCAAAUGGUAACCUAUAGUAAAAAUUCCAUAAAUAGACUGAGUAUUAGUUAUAUAUUUUGGUGUUGAAAUUUUUGAGUUUUAUUAAAUCAUUGAGGUGAUACUCCACUUUUAAGUAUGCAUAGAAGGAAAGUAAUGGAGCAGUAUAUUGUCAUACAAAUGAUGCAUCCUAAAAAGUGACAAAAAUAAUGGUAAUGUGACAUUUUAGAGCUAAUUGUUUCUUAAAUUGUAAAAAAAAAAAAUGAUACUUUUCAAGUUAUCUUAAUGAUCAUAUUUUCAUUAAGACACUGUAUAAAUAAAGAAAUCAAUUGACUGAUAGAAAUAUUAACACUUAGCCUAAACAAUCGAAUCUGAAAACAUUUUUCUCAGAGAAUCUUUUAUGUAAUGCAGUUAUUUUAUAGUUAUUAAGAAUCAUUGCGCUGUAAUUUGAAAAUUCACAAAUGUUCCAUCUUUUUUAGUUUUCCCAAUUAUUUUGAAAACUCCUAAGAAAAAUCAAAAAUGACCUUCCCCAUACACCAACUUGAGAAAAUUUCCUUUCAGAAAAAUUACUAUACUUCGUGCAUAUACUAUACUAUGUACUCUGGUAUAACAGUUAUUCACAGAAAAAUAAACCACAUAUUAAAAUCAAUAGAUCUCUUUUGAAUAUAAAAUAUUAAACAAAAGAAAUAAUUUAAAAUCAUUUUAUCUCCUAAAAGUGAAAUAAAUAGUUAGAUAUAUUUGUCUACACAAUUUAUUUUUAUUUUGGACUUAUUUCAUGUGGCUGUAUUCUAAAUAUUUUUAAUAUUUCAGUAGUUUUUAUUUAUAGCAAUAAAUAUCUUGAUAAAACCCGAACAUUUUUCUGAUAACAAUUGAUAUUUGUUAGUAAGAUCAUUGAUCUUUUAACAUCAAUAAUAAUAAACAAUAUUAAUAAGUUUGUUUAGCGAUAAUUUUUUAUUGAAUAAAGGUUUUUUACUAUAUGUUAAUCUCAGGGAUGGUAGUUAGUCACUAUUUUUAUUUUAGUCACUUAAAGCCACUUUUUAAGUAUUCUCAUACGAUUUUAUAAAAAUUAAUUAUUAUAUUGAUAUUUAUGAUGAGAUUUUAGUAUCUUACUUUGGAUAAUUUGCUGUAUGAUGAAAAAGAAUUUUAAAGUCUUAUAUAAGUUUAACCUAAUACUACUAAUAAUUGGUAUAUAAAAAUAUACCAAUUGUUAAUAAAUCGUUUUAAUCAAUUAGUUAUAAUUAAAGUUGUUAUUUAUCUUUAAAUUAUCACUAAAUUCUUUAAUAAAAUCGGAUUGUUAAACUAUCAUACCAUUAUACUAAUUAUUAUGUAUAGUAAUAUUAUAAUUAUUACCUACUACUACCUUUUAUUAACUAUUACUAUUAGUGUCAAAUAAGUGUAUUUUUUGUUAAUGUAAAUCACUUAUUUUCGUAUGGAAGUUACUUUUUAGUCACUUAAUUGUAAAUUUUUGUCACUUCUCACUUAUUUUCAAAAUAUUGACCACUUUCAUCUCUGGUUAAGCUUUACUUGUAGAUUUUAUAUUUUUAACACUUACAAAUGCCUAAACACAUUUUUGGUAUUUUAAACAUGUUUGAACUCAAAUUUUGAAAAUCACGAUAUAAUUAGAGUUUGAAUAUUACCAAUGUCUACUAUUUUUUCAACAUAUAUGUUUGUGAUUUUUGCUCAUAAUAUAUAAUCAAAAAUUUAGCCUCAUAAGAAAUUUUCCUAUUUCCAACAGAAAUAAAAAUAUUUACAGAUCAGAUGAUAGUUUUUACAGUAAAUUAUUUUGAGAAGAAAAAAACAAAUAUUGUGCAAUAUACAAAUUAAAACUAAUUAGAUUAUUUGUUAAGAGUUGGUAAUUACUUGUUAAUUAUAAAUCUUAAUAAUUUGUUACUACCAAUUUUUGGUCACUGUUGUAGGGGGAUGUUUUGAAGGUUUGAUAUUUGUAGGUUAAAUUAAUUUAUAUCUGCAGGCAACGAUAAUCAUUGCUGGCGAAAUAUGAUUUUGAGCGAAGUUCAGUUAUACAAUAUGUUUUGAAAUGAAAUAAUUUUUAAAAAGUUUUCAUUACAAUUUGAACUUAAAAUACCUAUAGAAAACUACUACUACUGCUCAAGCAAAAUUUUUUACCAUAGAAUAAAACUUAUAAUGAAGCUCGUAUUACAUUUUUAAAUAUUUCUGUUAGGCUAAACAAAUUUAUCCACAAAAAACCAAAUAAAAACUAUAAACUUAAAAAUAUCAAAUGCAUAUAAAUCCUUGAAAAUUGUACCACGUCUAAUAAAGGCUAAUAUUAGUAUUCUGUUGAAGUAUCAGGGUUUUUAACCAUAUUAUAAUGUAAGUACAAAAUCAAAAAUAAUGAAGCCGCUAAUACCAUAUAUUUUCCUAUUUUUCCUCAUUUUUUGUAAUGAUUAUGAAAAACCAUUCAGAAAAUCAAAAAAAUACCUCUUAAAUGUAACAUUCUGAAUUUUGCAGUUCUUUUGUUGAUUUUUAAUUGGUGCAAAAUUUUUGGUAGAAAAGUUGUACACAGACAGAAAGAAAUUACACUUAUUUUUACUAUAUUAUCAUUAUUCAAUACUAAAUUAAAUUUUACUAUUUUAAACAUUCUAAGUUUAAAAUAAAACUUUAUACUUUUGUUGUUCUCAAUCUAAUAUAUUUUAAAAUUGACGUGUAUUAAAAAUUAGAGAUUCUAAUAUAUUAUUAGAUUAUGUUAGAGAUUAUUACAAUAUAAGUAAAGUUGUUGAAUUUGAAAUUAAAACAUUGACAAACAAAUUAUAAUAAUACACUUUAUUUAUUGUUAAUAAAUAUAAACAUUCAAUUUAAAUUUUAUGCAUUUUUAUUAGAUUAUAAUAUGCUAAAAAUAUGGUAAAUAAUGAGUAUAUAAUUUAUUUUUAAUUUUAUUUUUACUAUAAAACGCUGAUAUGUGGCUUUUAAUUUACAUUAAUACUCAAAUAUACCUUAAUUAGAAUAUAUAAUUAAAUUUUUUAUAUUUUAAAUUGAUUUGAUUAGAUAUCUAAUAAACAUUUUUUUUUAAAGACUUUCAUGGUUGUGUUUAGAAUAAAAUGAGAGUUUUGAUUUUAUUUUUUUUAAUAGUAAUAACUUCUGUUGUAAUGUUUGCUGCUUUGAUUAUUUUACAUGUUUUUAUAUAUUAUGAAACAUGAUAUUUUUAACUUUAUUUUCCCUAUAUUUAUACUCGAGAGCAAUGUUUUUUGUUAUCAUCUUCUGUUAAAUAAGAAUUUAUACUAUUUUUAGUUUUAUUUUGAUAGUUCUGGAAUCUUAAUGUUGUAAUUUCAUAAAUGAGUAUCUUAGUCUAAAAGUUGGUUCAUACAACAUAUUGUGCCAAAACCUAAGGUUCUUCGUCACUAGAUUUUUCAAGUUUUAAAAUAGUCUUCAAAUUUCUAUAAAGUAACACUGUUCAACUUGUUUUGAUUUUAAUUUUAAAAAACUGAUCUCAAUUGUUAGGCAAUCAUUUUAUUUUUGUACCGCAAUAUUUUAGUUCCGAACAAUAAAUCAAUUGUAAAUAUUAACUCUUAGGCUUAAAUAAAGUACAUGUUCUGCAUAGGCGGGUAAAACUAGUAGUUAUAAGUCCAAUAGCAUUUUAAAAACUUUUCUGUUUUUUUUUCUGUUGCGAGAUGCCAUUGUAUAUUAAAAGACCGCCAUAGUAGCAAGUUUCUACUAGACAAUAUAGCAAAAAUGUGUUAAUGUAACACAAACAAAAAAGUACAUUUGUAAACAUAUUGAGUGAAUAUAGGAAUAUUUAAAAUACAAUUUCUCAAAAUUAAUAAAUAAUAUUAUCAUUUUUUAAUUUACAAAACUUAGUCAUGUGGUAAAAAAAAGCCCAAAUAUGUAUUUAAAUUUGUUAUAUAUACCUAUUAAAUACUUGAUUAGAAAUCUAUGUUUUUCUUUAUUUGUGCCAAUAAGACACAGUAUGUAAAAUUUGCUAAAUGUGCCAUGGAGUUACAGCAUUUCACCCUUAAGGUAGUAAACAAUUUAUAGGCAAAAUAUUAUCGUCGUUUUAUAAUUCUCUAAAUAUUUAAUUCAUUAUCAAAAGUCCUAUACAAAAAAAAAUUGUGUUUUAUAUAUUUAUUUUAAAUGAUUGUAACUAUUUUUAAUUAAUGAAAUUAAUAUUCCAAAAAACGCCAAUGAGUUAGAAUAAGUUUUUGAGAAACCUAAAAGGUUUUUCUCAAUUUAAGAAAAACAGAGAUGGAAAAAUUAAACUGUCGCUGUGGCCUCUUGACUGCAGUAGUAUAAUAUUUGAAGGCUGCUCGAUUUUAAUAACGUUUCUUUCUGUAUUCUUUGCGUGUUUACUAUUUUCUGGUUAAAGAUGUUCUCUUUUUCUGUAUAUAUAUAUAUAUAUACUCUCCACUCAAGAUUGUAGUUUUUCAAAUGUUAAUAAGUUUCAAUUAAAUUCAAAUAGGUACAUAUUUAUUUAUUGUUGUUGUGUCGAGUUUUGUUUUGUUUCCUGUUCAAAUAAUGUUUGUUUCACAUUUGUUGUGUUUACUAUCUUCCUGCAGCUACAGCCGUCCACUACUUAUUGCAGUUUUUAAUUAAAUUUAAAAUAUAAGAAGACAUUUUUUUAAUAAUUUGAAAUACUAUUAUUGUGCACAUUUUAUUAUUAUUUUUUAAAUUUAAAUUUUUAUCUGGUAUUUUUAAUAACAUUUCCGCAAUUUAAUAAUAUUUGAUAACCAGGUAUUCUUUAGAAAUGUUAUGUGCCAUAAUGUCAAUAAUCUUUAUUAUAUUAAUAAUUAUUAUUACUAUAGUUGAAUCAUUUUAUAAUAAAAAAUGAUUUGCAUUGUUAGGUUAUUUAUAGUGUUUUAGAAAUAUUCAUCAUAACAGUGUUUACAAAAAACCUCUGUCAAAAUAAUAGAACAGGUUUAUUUUGGACAGUUCCUAUAUUGUAUAUUUGUUAAAUUUUUUUCAAUCAUCAUUAAAAUUGUAUAGAGCCCCCAAGUGUUUAGGUACUGUUUUAUUAAUUUUUGUUUUUUCCAGUUUUGGACGUUGACGCAUUUGAACGUUUGUUGGGCCCAUGCAUGAACAUAAUGAAGAGGAAUAUCGAAGAUUAUGAAAAUCAACUGGUGAAAAUCUUUGGGUCUAAGCAAAACAUGACGGACGUUCGAUGAACAAUCAUCGUCCAGUCGGGUUACAUUAUGAUUGUGUUGUAUAAUAUUCAUUUAUAGUGUUGUACUCUGUUUCUGUUUCUUGUCCUAUACCAAACUGUUUGUGGUAAAUCAUAUUUAUUAUUAUAAUUACUCUUAAUUUACAAAUAUGUAGUUAUCAUUAUUAUUAUUAUUAUUAUAUGUGGGUGUAUGUCUGUGUGCGUGUGUAUACAACUUGUUUAUUCACACACACACACAUAUAUAUAUAUAUAUAAACUUAUUAUAUAAUUGAAUAUUUAUAGGUACAGUUGCGCAAAUAAAACAAUUAAAAACAAUCACAUAAUCAACCAAUAAAUAAUUGGCAUCCCUUUUUUGUAUACAUACAUAUUGUAUAUAUAUAUAUUAUAAACUAUUGAUAUUAAUAUUGAUAAUCUAUAUUUGAACAACCACAUCAUUUACAUUAACCCAAGAGAUAUCGUACAAUACGAUUAUUUAAAAAAUUUAAUUUUGCGCUUCAAUGUGUUUUAUAUGUUAUUAGUUGCGUGAUUAACGAUUAUUAAUAAUAAUAAUAUAUAUAUAUAUAUACGAGAACUGCAGUAUUUUUUUUGUUUUUAUUAUUAUUAUUAUUAUUAUUAUUAGUGUACUUAUAUUAGGUUUCAAAAUAAUAAUUAUUAUUAUAUUGAUAAACAAGUGUUACUAUACAUUAUAAUCACGAUCAAUACAUGCAAUUUCAGUUUUUUCGAUUGAUUUUGUUCAAAUGUGUCUAUAUUCUGGGGUAAAGUUUUCUAUUCUUAAUAUAUUUAUUAUAAUAUAAUAAUAAUAUACUACGAGAGGCGUACUUGAUUAUUAUUAGGGUUUAAGUAGAUUCUGUAUCUAUAUAUUCUCAUCUUGACCAAUAUAUAAACUUACUAUACUUUAUACAGGUGAACUUAAUAUUUUUAUUAUUAGGUCGUUCAAAAAUAAAAAAUAAUAAUUACACACUAACUAUACACGUUGCCGAAUGGUUCCCGUAUAUAUACAUACUAAUAAAAUAUUUAAAAUAUAAUAUUUAUAUUCCUAUCCGCUUUAUUAUAAUAUUAUUAACGUGCACAGGGUUGUAAAUAAUAUCUUGCUGGAGUGUGAACACACCAUCAAUAUCCUGUAGACAAAUAAUUUAUAUUGUUCUAAUUAGAUUCUUCGAUGUGCGUAUGUGUGUGUGUGUGUUGAUUUAAUUUUUUUUGUACUUUGGAAAUACUUACCUAACUUAAAAUUAUAACCAGAUGUUUGUUUUAGUUAACUAUUCGAGUGACAACAGUGGUUUGCCACGACUUCUAAAAAUGUUAUCUGUGGGUGAAUCUAUGUGUGGCGCUCCAUAACACUCUUUUGUGGUUCUGCGUGUUUGCUUUUCAGUCAAAUAACGGAUGUUUUAUGAUAAUUUUAUUGAAAACAUUUAUACCUCGCUUUUAUUAUUUCCCUUUUUUUUUUAACAUUCGGUAACGGAAAAAAUUACGGCAAAAACCACCUAAGGUAUUAGAUGUAUAAUAAUAACAUCAUAUUGUAUAUUUACCUUACCCAUCAUCUUAUAGCUAUUAUUGCUUAAAUAUACUUAUUAAGUCCCCACUAAACAUUUUUUUUUUGUGUGUUUUGUUAGGUAAUUUGAAAAACAAUUUUUUUUUACAAUUUUAGUUGUUAAUUUAAAAAUAUAGCCAUAUAUGAAGACUUAAUUUAGAUAUUUAAUUCAUAUAAUUAUUAUUGUUAUAGUCACGAUUAUUAUUAUUAAUUAUAAUAUGUAUUACAUAAUUAUAUUGGGUGCAAUAAAUGUGUAUAGAUAAUAUUAAAGUAUUAUUUAUAUUGCCCAAUUAUUUUUUUUUCUUUCGUUUUUGUUUUGUGUUUGUUUUUAUUUUAUAUAUUUUCUUAGACUUUAGAUUGUUAUUAUAACAUUUAUUGUAUUAGGCUCGUGAAAUACCCAUAAUUAUAUAUUGUAUUCGCAAUAAGUGGUUUUUAUUUUGUUUUUGUGUCGUUUUUUUUUUUUAGUGAAUUAUUAUGUAGUUAAAGUUCAUAUAUAUAUGAAUAAUACAUAGUUCAGUUUAUAUAAUAUUAUACAGUGUUCACAUUUAUCUAUGUAUAUUUUUUUUAUUUUGUUUUGUUUGGUGGUUGCUAUUAAUUUUAUUAUGUUAUCCUUAUGAGCGUUUUUAUCUUCCUAGAGUAUUAUUCUCACGACAAAAUAGAUAAUAAUAUUAAAUAUCCAUUUUGUCGUGACUAUUAUAACAUUAUUAUUUAUGUAUUUAUAAUUUAUUAUUAUUAUUUUAUUUUUUUUAUGUAUUAGUGAAUAUAAUAUUAUAAAUUGCAAAGUUUUACCAUAUAGGCUUUUUUUCCAGUACAAUAAAACAUUAAUUGAAAAUAAUAUAAUAAUAAUAAUAUUGUAUU